CGCUGCGACGCCAACCUCGGCUUCGCGCAGCUGCCCGGAUCGAGGCGGGCAGCCGCGUGACCCGCCCGGGCCGGAGCGGGGGCGGACGGCGUCUUUCUGGUUCUUUCUGCCUCGAGCAGCUGCACCGAGGUAGACUGAGCCGGCGACUGGGGAACGGCCGCAUCCCAGCGGCCUCUCUUUGGCCUGGCUGGGCGGUCGGUGGCUGGGCUGCCAAGUAAAUCCCAGCCGCGCAGGGACGGAGGGCCUUUUGCGGCAGAUUCCGGGACACGUGAUUACGGUUUGGGGACCGCUGCAGCCCCACGUCCACCUGAUAGACUCUUUACCACGCGUAGUAGGGUCAGAGCCGCUAAAUGUCCAAGACCAUGGCGAUGAACCUUCUGGAGGAUUGGUGCAGGGGAAUGGAAGUGGAUAUCCACAGGUCCUUACUGGUCACAGGCAUCCCAGAGGACUGUGGCCAAGCAGAAAUUGAGGAGACCUUGAAUGCGGUCCUCUCCCCGCUGGGCCCGUACCGCGUGCUCAACAAGAUUUUUAUGAGGGAAGAGAAUGUUAAAGCUGCCCUCAUUGAGGUUGGUGAAAGUGUGAAUCUGAGCACCAUCCCCCGUGAAUUCCCAGGAAGGGGUGGUGUCUGGAGAGUGGUGUGUAGAGACCCCACCCAGGAUGCUGAGUUUUUAAAAAAUCUGAAUGAAUUUCUGGAUGCGGAGGGGCGCACCUGGGAGGAUGUGGUCCGCCUGCUCCAGCUCAACCACCCGACACUGUCCCAGAACCAGCAUCAGCCCCCAGAGAACUGGGCAGAAGCUUUGGGGGUGCUCCUGGGAGCAGUGGUGCAGAUCAUUUUCUACAUGGAUGCCGAGAUCCGAAGCCGGGAGGAAGCCAGGGCCCAGGAGGCCUCUGAGUUCGAGGAGAUGGCAGCCUGGGGUUUAGCAGGAGGGAGGAAGAUCAAGAAGGAACCGGGGCUUGCAGCAGAGGUGGGUUCUACCUUAAAGACGGAGAACCUCAACAACUGGAAUGCCACGGGAGACCAGCAUGACCCUCCCAAACCAUUGGUUCGCAAGGCUGGAGCCAAGACUCGCUCCAGGAGAAAGAAGCAGAAGAAGAACCCCAAGCAGGAAGCAGUGCCCUGGAAAAAACCCAAAGGCAAUGAUUCCAGCAGCUCGGCUGACUUGGAGGAUCCUGAGGCGGGUGAUACUGAAAGCAUAGCCAUCUCAGAGUCGAUCAAGGGCGGCAAGAAGCCCUGUAUGAAGCAAGAGGCGCUCUCUUUGAAGAAGCCUGGGGCGAAAUGUGCCUGGAAGGGUCCCAGAGACCCUCCUCAGGAUGUUCAGGCAGAAGCUGAGAGUCCAGAAGGCGCCUCUGAGUCAGACCAAGAUGGUGGCCACCAGAGUCCACCAAAGAAGAAGGCCAUGGCCUGGGUUUCCCCCAAGAACCCUGCCCCCAUGAGGAAGAAGAAGAAGGUGAGCUUGGGCCCUGUCUCUUACGUCCUGGUUGACUCAGAAGAUGCCAGGAAGAAGCCGGUGAUGCCAAAGAAAGGGCCGGGCUCAAGAAAGGAGGCAUCAGUUCAGAAGGCGCCUCGAGGCCAGCAGCCUGCUGAGCCAGCAGCCUCAACCUCUAAGGGUCCAAAGGCCAAGCCAGAAGGCUCUCCUCGGCGUGCCACCAAUGGUGAGAAUGACAACAGAAGUGACUGGGCUCCUGCCAGCAAGUGGGUGAGGCAGGAGGAGCAGGAGUGGCAGGCGGGGGCAGAGGCGCCUGAGCAGGUGGUGGGUCAAGCGGGUGAUGAGGAGGAUCCCAGUGCACUGCAGGAGGUGGAUGACACACCAGUUGAGGAGGAAUCCAGAAAUAAAUUGGGGGACCAUCCGUACCUGAGGAGUUGAAAGAACAAGGAAGAAGUUCCAAGUCAGCAAAAUUUCCUCUUGUCACUGAAUGAAAUAAGACUUUGGACUGUCUUAGGGACCCUGUUGAUAGCGAUCUGGCUCUGAGGUAAACGAUAGGUGAGAUCUUGGUGGGAGGGAGUUGGGGUACGGAGGUGGAUCUCUAUGCCCUUUUUCCUACCAGGCCUGCUGUUUUCACUGCCCCUCCACUCACCUUCGGAGGCAGGAGAGUUGGUAAGAGGAUUGGGAAAAUUCUAGAACAUUCAUUCCCCUUUAUGCAUGAGCAGGUCGCUGUUAUACUCAUCCACGUUCAGCCUUUCUCCCCCGCGCCUCGCUGCCUCCCCGGGAUGGUCAGCGACCUCUGCAGGCCCUGGCGUUUGGAAGAGCUGAGUGGCCCCGCCAUUUUCUCCCUUCCAGCCUUUCUUUCCUGUAACCAGUGGGGUAAGUUAGGCCAGGCCCUUCACUGCAAACCUGGCUUCAUUGCUCUUUCGGUCUCCAACCUCCGGCUACCUAGCCACGAGGUCCCCGGAGUGAGUUUUAGGGAAAAAGAAUGUCUGGUUAGAUCUCGAAGUCCUUGAGUUUUAGCGUCUGUUAGUAAAAAUGGCCCUUUGAUUCCCAUUUGGGAUGAGCCCUCUCAGGAAUCCUGUGGGGAAGGGGGUGAUUGUAGGGAAGGACUCAGGCAGUCCUAGGUCCCAAGCUCUGAUUUCAUCCAUCCAACAAACUGUCACCAUCUUUGCACCAAACUGUCACGAUCUUUGCAGCAGAAGGCCACUACUCCCAUUAUAGUAAAAGGGGAAAAAAAUCUUUUAAAAUCCAGUUGUUAAUGUCUGCCCUCUGAAUUUAGGCACACUAUGUUAGACCAGACCGCCGUGUGCCAUUGUGUGUGUGUGUGUGUUUGUGCGCGUGUGCAUAGGAGAGGGCAGGGUCCCUGAGACAGUGGUUUCCAAACUGUAUCCUAGAUGUCCACAAAGACGUAAUCUAAAUCUGUUUUUUUAUGUGUUUAAAAAACUGUGAAAAGUGACUACUCAGAUAUGUGGGAAACCUAACAAGUUCCAUUGAAGACUGUCAGACUGUUUAUCUUGUGUUUAUAGGUUAACCUGGUUUUGUACACGUCUUGAGUUAGCUGCUUCUGGCAUCUCUUUGCUUAAAAUUGAGCUGCUUGUAAAUGUGACUGGUGAGAGAGGUUCGAAGGGGAAGAAAUUCAGUCCUGUGCAUGGCCUGUUAUCUGACGCACUGAAAGCAAGUUUCCUUUUGUAACUGACACGCUCUCAUUCUGCUGUGACUUUAGUUGUAUGGUAGCAAGUAAAUGUAUUAACAUGGUGAACAGUAAUAAUAUUCUGUCAUAGAGUAUUAGCCCUUGUACAUUUUCAGGGUCUCUUUUUCCGACUUCAGUUUUUGUGCUGAUGUGAACAGUUGUUGUAUGUUCCCAGUGAUUCAGCUUUAAAACAAAUUUCUUGUGAUGAUUCAUUUCAAAAUCCUGAGUGAGUGUAACUGAAAAAUACAGGAGUAAAGAGAGUGGUUUCUAUUGACAGCUAUGCAGCUGUGUGCAUCAAGCUUCUGGGGUGUGUGCAAAACAAAACCCAGGGGUGAAUUGGAUUCUUGAAAUGACCAAAGCCUGCAACUGUCCAGCUUCUGAUUUCGAAACGGGUUCAUUAGGGCUUCAUUGUCUUAGCAGGUCGACACCAUGACUAGUAAGUGUAAACGCGGAUGUAUAAAAUAAAGCUUAGCAAAUUAAGUGUCCUG